AUGGCAGAAGAAAACAAAAGUCCCCCUCCGAGCAAGCCCUCAGCGGCGAUUGUUCCCACGAGCCCUCGCGCGGAAUCGCCAACCACCGCGCGGCCUUUGGAUUUUGACGAUGAACCCCAAGAAUCUGGUGUUGUCACGAGUGGUACCAAUGCUUCCUCAGGGCAACAGGCUUCGCAGACCACGACCGAGACGCCCCCAGCUGCCCCGCCAAAGCCUCCAAGACCCUUGAGUCCCCGUGAACAGUCACUGAACACCUUGAAGGAAGCUUUUCCCUCAAUCGACCCUGCAGUUGUCAAGGCAGUUCUCACUGCUAGUAAUUGGAAUGUCGAACGCGCAUUCAAUGCACUGCUCGGAAUGACCGACCCCGCUGCCCAAGAAGAAAUGGUCCCUCCUCCAAAGCCGCCUCGUCCCCAGCGCGUACCCACCUCUACUACUCAGCGACAAUUAGAAGACGAUGAGCGAUAUGCGCGCCAACUAGCUGAGCACUACAAUACCCCAGGCGACGGCCGGCGCCGUCCAGCCCCUGGGUGGGAAAAUGAUCCACGAUAUCGCCAGCCCCGGGGUAGUGAGGACUCGAAUGAUAAGGAUUACAGCUUUUUCGACGGUACGGUUCGCUACUUUCCUGUCAUGAUUUUGGAGAAGCGCAAACAUGGACUGACUUCAAUAUCUUUCACAGACGACCUCCCCGUGAUCCGCGAGAAUUUCAAGAAAGGCUUUAUGGAAACGCAGACCAAAGUUAAUGCAUGGUUUGGUAACUUGAAGAAGCAACUGAAUGGCGAGGAUGACGAGGAAGAAGAGCACGCCCGAGCCAGUCAACGAUACGAGCAGCAAACGUCGACAUUCGGGCGGCCGCGUCGUAGUGGCGAGCUAGGUCGUCGCAGUGGGGACCGCGAACGCUACGAUGCGGAUCCGCAGUUGUUGAGCGACGAUUUUUCCGCGCUGGAAUUAAGGGAUGGUGAAGCUCCUCCCGCGCGUCCUCCACGCCCCGGUGGCGCAAAUUUGAACAAAGCUCCCUCGCCUUCUUCAGGAAGGAGAGUAUCAUUCCAAGAGGGCCCGGCCACCGAGAUUGAUAACUUGUACGAUGCGUCCGCCCCUAUUAAACGUAAUCCCACUCCCAGUGGUAAGCCGAGCAAGUGGCAGCCCUUGGCCACCGUCGAGCCAUCGCCAGUCGCUGAGAAUGAUCCAUUCAGUCUCGGAGACAGUGAUGAUGAGAAGGACGUCAAAGCUAAGGAGCAGACCACCGUCUCGGAGAGCGAUCAGAUCAAGAAGGCCACGGCCGAGGCCAUGUCCGGCGAGAUCGGAUCCGCAGCGGACAAUCAGAAGAAGGACUCAUCGAAGUAG